GUUUAUAGUUUGUGUUUGGCUCAAUAAAAACAUUGCGUCUGUUUAUUCGACUAGCUUGUAUGAAGUUUUGUCACCUAACUUAUAGUAAACCGGAGCCAACAAAUGGCCGCACUGAGCAGCGUAGCGGGUCUGGACUGGCUGGACGGCAGCACUCUUAUAAUAUUUCUGUGCGUUUUCCUGCUCAUUUCCGCUGUUUGGGAAAACAGAGUGGCGCAGAACUUUCCUCCCGGACCGUGGACGCUGCCUCUGGUCGGCGACGUCUUUCGCGUCAGUCCCAGCAACUUUCACCUGGAUCUCAAAGAGUUUGCAGAGAAACUUGGAGACAUUUAUAGCCUUCGACUGUUUGGUGAAAGGAUUGUGAUCGUUAACAGCUACAAGCUGGUGAGAGAAGCCCUGGUUGAAAAUGGAGAAGACUACACUGAUCGACCAUACAUGCCACUGUUUGAAAGGCUAUUUGGAAGUAAAGGGCUUGUGGGAUCCAAUGGUUCUCCAUGGAGGCACCAGAGGAGGUUUGCUCUUCACACUCUGAGAAACUUUGGUUUGGGGAAAAAGAGCCUGGAGCUGUGCAUCCAGCAGGAGUGUCACUAUCUCACCGAGGCGUUUGCAGUUCACCAGGGAAAACCUUUUAGUGCAGAGUCAUUGAUAAACAAUGCUGUGUCCAAUAUCGUCUGCUGCCUGGUGUUUGGAGAACGAUUUGAGUACAACGACAAACAGUACCAGUCUAUACUUCAGGGCUUUGGUAAUUCACUGCGAUUUGGAGGAAGUUCCUGGGCACAACUUUGUAAUCUAUUGCCGCGGCUGAUGGACUGGCUACCUGGACCCCAUCAGAAGGUAUUUCUAAUCAUGCAGGGUAUAAAAGGCUUUAUACAUGUGAAGAUCAAAGAGCACAGUGAAAAGCUGGACACCUCCUCACCAAGAGACUACAUUGACGCCUACCUCAUUGAAAUGGCAGAUAAGGGGGAAAAAGACUCUGUUUUUGAUUUAGACAGUUUGUGUUCUUGCACCCUGGACCUAUUUGUUGCUGGAACUGAAACUACUACCACUACUUUAAAAUGGGCCCUGUCAUACAUGCUCUACUACCCUCACAUACAAGAGCGAGUCCAGGCUGAGAUAGAUGCUGUGGUUGGUUCCUCCAGACAACCUUCUGUGUCUGACAGAGACAACAUGCCCUACACUAAUGCUGUCAUCCAUGAGAUCCAGAGACUGGGCGACAUCUUUCCACUUGGCUUGGUCCGCAGGACAAGCAGGGACACAGUUCUUAACAAAUUCGCAAUCCCAAAAGGCACUGCUGUCUUAACAAACUUAAGCUCUGUCCUUCACGAUGAGUCAAUGUGGGAAACUCCACACUCCUUCAACCCCCAACACUUUCUGGACCAGGAUGGUAAAUUUAGGAAGAGAGAGGCCUUCCUUCCUUUUUCAGCAGGUAAGCGUGUGUGUCUCGGGGAACAACUGGCCAGGAUGGAGCUGUUCCUCUUCUUCACCUCCCUCCUUCAGAGGUUUUCCUUCUCACCAGCUCCUGGAGAGCAGCCCAGUCUGGAGUUUAAGCUGGGAGCGACUCGCUACCCAAAACCUUACCACCUCUGUGCUGUACCACGAUGAACUGACCUAAUGUGACCUGCAGUGAAGUAGCAUGUUCUGUCUCUGUACUCCCCACUUCAGAUAACAUGCACAUAGUAAAAAACAUUAAUAGUAACCUUUCUCAAUGUGUGGCAACACAAAUCCUAACAAAUUUUAGCUUUUUAAAAAUGUUUAAAACAACUGAAAACUCAUGAUUUGUUUGAAAAAAAUAAAAGUCCUAAAAUAGAUUAGUGUCCAGUACAAAGGAUAAUAAAAGCUUUUAACAAAGUGAACUAAAUAUAUUUGUCACUAAUUAGUCAAUGAUGAUGUCAAAAUGGAAAUGAGCAAGUUAUGUAUAGUGGAAGUAUUUUCUGUUGUUGUGUGAUUUGUCAUAGAUGUGAUUUGAAUAAAGGUGUUUUAUGGGUUGAAAGUA